CCGUUUUCUAACCCGGUUACAGUGACAAGUGACAUCUUCGAUGCCACUCGAAUUUGAGCGGUAUGUUGCGGUUUGUUAAACCGGAGCCACGUGAAAAGGGCUAAUUAUUUAUCUGCAACCCUGCACCACAGCUCCUGCACCCUGCAACGAACUGUCAAUCCUAAAUAUAACCUCAUUUCUGGGAUCAUAAUUAAAAAGCUAAAAAAAUCAAUAAUACAUACUUCUCCAUUUUCAUGAUGUAUUCAUUUUCCUAAUUUUAGGUUCAUGAUUCUAGUUUUCUUGAAGAAAAUAAGAUGAUAUGGAUUGCCUUGCACCAAAUUUGCGUUAUAUGCAGUACAUUUGUUUGUGUUCUGGCAGGGGAAUUAGGUAACCCCUACACUAUUUUAGGGGUGCAUCGAAAAGCAUCAUCACAGGAGAUAAGACAAGCUUACAGGCAAUUAGCGAAAGAAUGGCAUCCAGACAAAUCAAAAUCGCCAGAAGCUGAGGAACGUUUUGUUGAAAUCAAACAAGCUUACGAACUUCUUUCUGAUGCCGACAGACGCUCUCUUUAUGACAGGAAGGGGAUCACUGAAGAUGACUUCUAUAAAAGACCUGAAAAACAUUCAUUUUUCACCCAGAGUCCUUUUGACGACAUGUUUGGCCCUAAUGGUGCACACUUCAAUUUCCAAGAAAAUGACAUCACAUUUUUUCAUAAAUUAUCGAUAACCACCAAACAAUAUGAUAAAAUCAUUCUGCCCAAAAGCGAAACAACCCCCUACCUCUUAUUUUUUUACACAGACUGGUGUUUCCCAUGCUUGCAAUCAGCCCCAUAUUGUCGCAAGCUUCACGAUAGUCUGGAACCAUUGGAUAUCAAUUUUGUUACAGUUCAUUCGAGUAGGGAACCAAAUUUAGCUAGAAGGUUAAACGUACACACUUUACCUUGCCUUGUACUGCUCAUCGAAGGAAAUAGUUAUGUUUAUAAGGAAAGUGUAACUAAUGUUCCAAAAAUAAUUGAAUUCAUCAAGAGCAAAUUUCCUUAUAAGCUGGUUACUAAACUGAACGAAGAUAAUUUGGAAGAAUUUCUAGAUGGUUGGUCUGAUAAUAGAAUCAGAGGUUUAAUACUGCCUCAUAAAAUACAUACGAGGCUGCGGUAUCUUGUGACUGCAUAUCAUUUCAGACGCCAUGUAGCUUUUGGUAUUGCAGAAACUGAUAGCAUCCACAACAAAUAUCAAGUACCUCCAGAUAUGGAUACUGUUUUACUAUUUAACGAAAAUAUCUCCUAUCCAAUGGCAAGCAUCUCAAUGAAGGAUAUUCCUACAUCCACACUUUACAACAUUAUUUCCUCAAACCAAUAUUUGGCACUUCCAAGAUUAUCAUCGCAGAAAAUGUUAGAUGAACUUUGCCCUUGUGAAUGGAAUCAACCAAAAAAGAAAAUUUGUGUUGCUUUGAUAACUGAUGAUUCUUCAGUUCAUGAUUUACAUCGGCAGAGCUUUAGACAUUAUGCUCAGAAAUUUCCAUAUAGCACUGAAAAAGUUCGAUUCGCUUAUAUUUACCAUAGACGUCAGGCUCACUUUAUCAGUGCCUUAAGACCAGAUGGUGAAAACAUGGAACCCUUAUUGAGAAUUGUAUUGUUCUGGAGACGAGAUACUUCUUUGAUAAGGUAUGAAUGGGCACCUGUUAGAUGGGAAUUAGAAAGCAACUUGAAUAAUUCACAUGAAAAGCUAGCAGAAACUAUUGUUAGGCUAUUAAAAUCUUCAGAAACUUUUCCAUAUGAAGCUUAUGUUACCGACUUAUUUGAUGAACAUGCCAUUGGUUUUGUGAAGAAAGCUAUCAUGAGAGUGUCUCAAUUUUUGGAAUCAAUUUAUGAUAGUCUUGGCAGGGAACAAAUUCUACCAGCACUUUCCGUUCUUGGCACUAUUGUGUUUAUUUUGGGAAUUGGUUAUUUGAUGGCUCAUCUUGUUGAAAAAGAGGAAGAAAUCAUCAAGAAAAAGAGAGCAGAUGAUGAUUCAGGCAAUAACAAUAACAAUUCCAACUCUUCCUACCAACCGGAGCUGAAACUGCAUGAACUGAGAUCGGAGAAGUACAACGGCUUGGUGCGGCUUUUGAAACCAGGCUGUAGAACCGUUCUGCUGAUUUUGGAUGUCCAAUCUAGGCAACAGCUCAUUCCUCCAUUUCAUCGGGCAGUAUGGCCUUAUAGGAAAAAUAAAACUCUUCACUUUGCUUACAUGUACAUCGAAAGGGGUCUCACAUGGUACAAAGAACUAUUGCAGUUGUCUCUGUUCGAAGAGAGGGAGUUGAAUAUUAACCCGAGAAAUUGUGUUGGGACUGUUUUAGCUUUGAACGGACACAGGAAGUAUUUUUGUGUAUUUCAUGCCAAACACACCGAGAAAAGAAAGACAUUAACGAAAUCCACAGAUACUCCUGGCCAAAAAGACUGUGAAAGUGGAGCAUUUAUAGGCUUCAACUCAGAAGACUCGGAAUCCGAAUCUGAAGAAAUUCUGCUACAAGGUAGUUUGUUAGAUGGUCUUUCCAAUUGGUUAGAUCGUCUUUUUGAAGGUACAACUCAGAGGUAUCACAUUAAUUAUUGGCCAGAAUUUCCUAUAAAGUAAUAAGACUUAGCUAUUAUAUGAGUAUUCAUUAUUUAUUUAUCCAAGUUAGAGCAAUUUUACCUCCGGCACUAGCCCAAAACUAAUAGAGUUUUCUGUGUAGAGAACUUUUUUUUUUAAAAUUAUUGAUCAGUCGAUCCGAUAGUUUUUUUAUUGUUAUCGUUGUCGAACAUUAUUGAUGAUAGCGUAAGUAACGUAACCUUUUAUAAUAUCAGCUUUUAACGAUACAAAUUUAAUAAGAAAUAGACGUAGAGUCACUACUUAGAUAUUUCUUUUAUAUAUUUUAGGUUAUGUUACGUAGGUAUUAAUUGGGUACAUUCAGGCGGUGCCAGAGGCUAAGUUCAGCACUUGGCAGUUGUGGCCGCUGUUAUAAAGCGGCUUCGUUUAUGCUGAAUGCGUGGCUACAUGGAGCGGAUUGAAUGUCUAAGACAACCAAACCAUGACCUAAUAUUUUUUUCACUUCACUCAUUUUUUUGUCUCGUUUUGUUCUCGCCAGAGUGUGGUUGGUUGGUUUAAGGAGCUCCAAGAGCUUCACCGUGUGGUGCACUAGAGGCGUGUAGAGACCAAAUUUUGGCUCACCUCCGCGAUUGAAAACCGAGAUUCAUCGCCAUCCGUGGAUUGUUGCGUCUUUUUGUUAGAUUUCUAAGAUAAACAAAAUGUUCACUCGUGAAAACGCUGUUUGUUUUGACAGAAACAGGUUAUAUCCGGCUUCAGCGAUUGAUCUAGGCAAAUCCUGGAUUUGCUUUUCACAAAAAAAAAAAAUUGAAGAUAGAAGAAAUUGAAACGAAUAGGGAACCUAUGAUAUGGCCUAGAGCCAGACAACAUCAGGGUCACCACGAAAUUGUGCUGGCAAAUUGCCUAGUAGCAGCGCUAUUAACGAACAAGAAGAAGAAGUUAUAUAUGUAUUCGCAUUCACCAUUCGCUUUAGCAGCAAAGUCAAUUUACAACAACAUAUUCAAAUUUUCUGGCAAAUUACCUUGUACCGUGUAGCCUGUUAUAUAUUUUAAUUCAAAGGUCAUUAUUGUCGAAAAUGUCAAAUACCGCAAUCCGUUUUUUUUAAAGCGGCAAUUUUCUAAGCUGAGCCAAACACUCAGCCGCUGACGUGAAGCUUUUACGCAGCGCUACAUUCAGUUGGGCUUCUUAGUAAGCAGUCUCAGUUGCUGGGACUGCCUGAAUGUACCCAAUUGAUAAAAUUAUAUUUAUUUGUUGAAAACGUAGAACUAUGUGCAUGAUUUUUCGACUAUUUCUCCAAACAGUGAUAUUCGUUGAUAGAAAAUCAAAACUAAAAUUAGUUAGUUAGCUAAAGCUUACAAAGAAAAAAGUAUUUUAGAUCAAAUUAUUUAAUUAUUAUAGUAUCUUUAAACGGAUAUCAUUAGGUGAGUAGAAAGUUAGGGAAUUGCUAUGCUUUAAAAGACAGAACUGUAAAGCAACAUUUACCAUUAAUUACAUAAGGAGAAUAAAAUUUAAACCUAUAUUGCUGCAUUUCUGUAACUUUCAAAAACCAUCUGUUUGUUAUAUUAUUUCUCUUUUCGUGCCUGUUGAGAUUUUUGAAAUAUUUGGCAUGAGAGUACUAUUCCUGAGGCUAAUACUCACAAACGCGCGUCGCGAUUUAUUUUUACUUUUGGCUGCAAGAAAUAUCUCAACCUCUUAGCAAAUUUCGCUUCUGAUUAAUUUCUGUAUCCAUUUAUAGAUUAGCUGAUUAGGGAUAAAGCAUUAUUGUUAUAUUCAAAUUGCAUUGAUUUUAUUUAUGAGUUUGCUUUUACAAACAACAUAACGAUACUUAAAUUUUUCAUUGAAAAACAAAAGUAAAAGGGAGAUGAAAAAACAAUGGUAAAAAACGGUGGUAGCUCAGAGGCAUAUUUAAAACUAGGAAUAAUGACCAAUAAGAUUUUCCGGAAUGAGAUGAGCAAAAAAAAAACAUAUUUUAUUUAUUGACGAAUGCCACUGACAGCUAGCUGACAGUUAGCUACUUUUUUGUUUUUUUUUUUUAACUGGGGUUUGAAAUAGGAACUUUUUAUAGAAGUUAACCUCCUUUUUGCCUUCAAGUUUAUAUAGUCAUCAUGUGAAUUUCAAAAAAAAGCGAAUUUCGCUCUUAAAGUUUGCACAAUUUGCGUUUGUGAGUCUCGUCUUUAGGCGCAGUUUCCAGUUGAAUCGGCGACUUUGAUCCAAUAAGAACCAAUUGCUGUAAUUCAUAAACAAAUAUCUAGAGGCACUGAAAACAAUUUGUGUUGAAAUCCGUGAUUUUUGUUAAAUUAUCCUACUUAUUUAUUACCUAUUUAUAAGAAGAAUGUUUGUGAUUUUUGUGUUGAAUAAAAACUCGUUCCCAGCUUUCA